AUGGAGAACUCGUACUUGGUCCAAAAGACGACUCACUAUGGUGGUCGGGGCUUAUUCGCCAAAAUUUCCAUUCCCAAGGACACUUUACUUGUUUCCACUUCGCCAUAUGCCUCGGUUGUGUAUCGGAGGUACCGCAAAGAAGUAUGCGCCCAAUGCUUCUCCUACGCCUACGAAUACAAUCGGAAUACCUGGAAAGUUAAGCACGAAUUCGAUGGUGGUUCUUCGUAUUUUUGCAGCGACGCGUGCAAAGAAGACUGGCAAUCUACUCAGAAUGUCGAUAAUCUGGUGGCCAAGGUGAACGCGGCUCUCGAUAGGCUGGAAAAAACUAUGAAGAAACGAUUCGCAAAGGAAUCAGAGAACGUAUCGCCCCCGUCAUCCACUUCCACGAUCAGUAUGGCAGAUAUCGAUUCCGCAUGGAAAAGAGCGGAAGAAACGUCGAUAAACGCGGCUUCGAAGGAAUCUCUAAAUGAGUUAGAAUUGGACACUGCGCGAUUCCUGGCUUCAGCAAUCAUUCGUAGACACCUAGAAGUCAUAUAUCCUUCAUCGUCUAAUGAACUCACGACUGGCACCUGGUCACAGGCUUUGCAAUUGCAGGAUAACGAAUUGGUGUACACUCAAGGCAGACCUUACGCCAUCGCAUCACAUCUGUGUAUUUAUCGUUUUCUUCGGAGCGCACUCUGGUUCAACAUUCCCAUUCUUCGGCCCUAUGUUGAAUCGUCGGAUACCAUCCGGGCACUCCUCGCUCGCGAUCAAGGCAACGCGUUUGGGCUUUUUGAAGUCGUCGGGGACAGCGAGAUGUUGGGUUAUGCGAUCUUUAGCGCAGGGUCUUACUUUAACCAUGACUGUUCUCCCAAUAUACGCAAAGAACGGCAAGGACGAUCAAUGCUAUUCUACACCAAGAGAGACAUACAACAAAACGAGGAACUAUGUAUAAAUUAUAUCGAUAUCGAGGACGUCGUCAACGUGAGACGAGAGUCACUGUCAAAGGAUUGGUUUUUCGAUUGUUCGUGCCAGCGAUGCAAUUUAGAAUUAAGCCAGACUGCAUUAGCCGUAUUUUUGGAUUAA